CGAAGGAAUAUUUGGAGACUGCAAUAUUUCGAACCCAUUUUACGAAAAAGAAUGAACAAUCUGAUCAAUUUAUUCCAGUUACAAAGUCGUGAAUGUGUUUGUGGAGCAGGCCAGAUGAAGAUGGAGUUUGAGAGCUGUCGAUAAUGCUUAGCAGCUUAGCUAGUGGCUUUCCGAAUUCCAGUUUUGGGACGACUGAUGGCUAUUGCGUCUGAGAAUUAUACUGAUCAUAUAGCAAAUAUUUCAGACUAAUUAUUCUUAAGCAUAUCAUCGAUACAAGUUCCUGGAUUAUUCGAAUAACCGACCCGAAAUAGAUAGUGUCCAGUCUGGGUGUCCCUUGGCAAUGGAGACCUCCACGAGACGAGGAAGGCACACCGACUUCUUGAUAUGAACACUGAUGAUAAUCUCACAAUACAACAUUAACUCUUCCAAGCUGAAUUACCUACAGACAUUGUGAUCAAACUUUCUCUUCCCAAUGAACAAGGACUAUAUAAAAAGUGACAGUUAACUAAAUACCAGAGUGGCCAAGACGCGCAUCACAAAAGGAGACAGCCGGAACAGCUACCUGUGGGGACGGAGGGGAUCUAGAAAAAUACCGACCAUGACAACGAUCAAAUCAUGCUCCAAAAAUCAAUCUCUCAACCUUCCAAGAAUCCAAGAACUGCACUCAAGAACAAGAUAAACAUAAUGAUAAUUCUUUCCUUCAAGGUUACGUGUGCACGCACCCAACUUACCUCCCUACCAACCUAUUACGAGGUUACCACUCGUCACUAAAGUAGCUCAACAUAACUAACUACCUUAGCUGAGCGGAAACACAACACACCCGUACCCCGAAGCGCGAACCGAAACCCGGCGGACGAAAAUCCUCCUCUCCACAGACUGCACCAGUGGCAAAGUGAUAUGUAUGAGUAUGAAAUGCGUUAUUCUGAGGCUGAGCCGAGCAUAGCAAUGGAUGUGGAUAGGGGAUUUGGAUAGGGUAUGUGGACGGCAAAGGUUUAGAUUAUACGUCAUAGUUUGCAGGCAGGCAGGCUGUAAUUUACCUUUUAAGGUAGUUGUCGGGUUCGGGUUCUCGGGUGUUUUUUGUUUUGUUUUGUUUUGUUUUGUUUGCUGGGUCUGGGGGGUCUGGAAGGUGAAGCGAGGAUAGAGGGGAGUCUGGAUUUUCAGGUUAGGUAGAUAUACCACGGCCAGGGUAGGUAUGGUCUCGGUAGUCGGCGUGUCGCAACGUUUUGGUUCCGAUUCCUCCGUGGCACGGCGGAGGAGUGAGUUUCUCGAGACUACUACAGUAGGUAGGGAUUAGGUAUUUACGGAGAAUAAUAAUGGAGAUGAGAUGAUGAUGAGGAUCUACAGAGAUGUGCUGGCAGGACAGGACAGGACAGGACAGGUAGGGAAGAACAUUUGGACGGAAAGUUGAGGCAAGACGGACAGGGAGGAGAGUGUUUGAUUUCAAGAAGGCUGGAAUGCGGUGAGGAUUGGAGGAGUUACAGAGGCUUUGUUGGCAGAGGUCGGGGUUAAGCAGUGUACUGCAGAGUUUUAUAUUGGUAGGAUUUUGUGGCAUGUUUCUUGUCCUUGCGAGUGCCAGUUUACGGUGUGAUUGCGAGGGAGCUUUGAUAGCGGCAGAGCAAUUUAGAAUACGGCGAUGGGGAAGGGAGAAUACACUUGAGAAGCAGCCGUCAGCACUAUCACAACCACGAUCACCACUGCAGUUUAAUCCUAGGCUGCCGAGUCUUGUCGUAUCAGUCAGCUCCCGCGUAUCCCAGUAAAACUCCUCGGGAUGUGAACGACCCUGCAUACUCAGUCAUCAACAUCCAACCUUUGUACGUUUUCAAUUCGGCCGUUCGUUUUCAAUGCAGAAUCGUAUUCGCACCGACGAAAUGAACGGACUCUACUCAGCACAGUUUACUUGGUAUCAUUAGUUUAUCCACGACUGACCUUGUUCUUGUGUUUCUAACCCUCCGAGUGUCGUCCCAGAGCAUCGGGAGAGCUCUCACGUGCCAGCCAACACCUCCGGAAUAGGAAUAUACACUGCGCACCACGUCCUCAUCCAGAUGUUCAUAAUGGCAGCACCAUAGGGUGAAUCCAUUUAUCACUGUCAGCGCGCAGCCAUGCCAAUGUUGAGGUCGUGAUAUUACCUUAGGGCAGGAAAAUGUCAGAUCAGGCACAAGGACAAGGUCUGCGAUCGAUGAUGCAGCCCGCUGAAUCAGUCACUGUAGCCAAUAGGGAGUGACACGCCGUACGGAGGAAGAAGAGGAGGUAGAGAAGUCUACCAAUCAUCAAACAACGCAGAUGCCCUCGGAUGACUUGCCAGGAGUAGGGAUAUCAUAGUGUCACGCCUCCAGCUCCUCGCUACAGUACGACGGGACCGUGGAGGGGUACAGUACAGGAGAGACAAGUUCAACCUCGCGCCGCCCAAAAAAACCUUAUAUCUAUCUAUCCGGAUGGCACUUCCUGGACCUCACAUCAUCCAGAUUUCGUCUUCGUCCUCGGCAAUUCUUUACAUCCGGCACGUACGGAUGUGGAAUAAUUUUGAGUUGACACUAUUCACUCCCUAGCCUUGUGAAGCUGUCUUACAAGUGGACGAUGACCUCAAUGGCGCGUUGCGCCAACUACUAAGUUCUAGACUAGAGUACCUAAACUGCAAAGUACCUAAACUGCAAACAGAUACCUACCUACCUUACCUAUCGUUGAUGUCAAGAGCGAGGAGUACAAAAGUCACAUCCAAACCCCCUCAUUUUAAGCGUAAAGAAACUUUUACUUACUUACUUGCUUGCUUGCUUACGUUGCUUAUUGCUCUGACCGAAUUCUCAAAUUUUCAAUUGGAUUGGAUUGGCUUCCUACACGGUAGCAUUCCCGCGGGGAGAGACAGGCACUGGCACAGGCACUGGCACUUAUCUCGUCCCCCCUUCUGUACCUUACAUAUCCAUCUACUGUUUACUUACUUACUUACUCCGCACCACAUUCCUAAAAAAAAAACAUCAACAUCAACAUCAACAUCAACAAUGGCUUCCGACAGCGAAAAGCCCAUCUUCCAGCCAAUUCGAACAGAAAACAUCUUAUCGUCCGGUCAGACCACCACCACCACCUCCACCACCUCCACCCACCCAGGCUACCCCGACCACGACAUCGAGCGACCCCGACCCCAACCCCCGCAAAACCAAAACGGCGAGGGAGAACACCCGGGGUACCCGGCGCAUGAAAUCGAGCAGCCAGAGCCAGAGCCAGAGACAUUAUUCAAGUUCCGCCAUGACAGCUCCACGGACAUCGACGAGGAGAAGCUGGAGCGAGUCGAGACGAGCCGGUCGGUGAGGGAUCGUAGGCAGUUUGCGCCGGUUACGCCGAGGGAUAGGCAGGAGCUGCAGAGGAUCGCGUCGACGUUUAGUGGGAGGGGUGCGCUGUCGAGGACGAAUACGGCGGCGUUGUUGGAGGCGCCGCAGUUGGAGCGGCCGGAUACGCUGGCGGGGGUGAGUAUUGGGGAUGCGGUGCUGGAUCCGGGGUCGUCUGAGUUUGAUGUUUAUAAGUGGUCUAGGAUGUUGAUGAGGUUGAUGGAUCAGAAUAAUGUCGUUCAGCGCCGUGCGGGUAUUGUGUGGAAGAACCUGAGAGUGUGUGGGUCUGGAUCAGCCAUCAAUCUGCAGAAGAAUGUCGGAUCGCUACUCCUUGCUCCUCUUCGGCUGGGAGAGUUCUUUGGGAAGGGAGCAGAGAAGACGAUCUUGAAGGAUUUCGAGGGUUGUUUGAAGAGUGGAGAGAUGCUUGUUGUGCUUGGCAGACCUGGAAGUGGUUGUUCCACACUUCUCAAGUCGCUUAUGGGUGAACUCACGGGAUUGGAUAUGAAGGAGCAAUCUCUGGUUCAUUAUAAUGGCAUCCCCCAAAAGCAAAUGAUCAAGCAAUUCAAAGGCGAAAUCGUCUACAACCAAGAAGUCGACAAGCACUUCCCCCACCUCACCGUUGGCGAGACCCUCGAAUUCGCCGCCCGCGUCCGCACACCACAGCAGAGACUCAUCGAAGGCGUCGACCGCGAGUCCUGGGCCAAACACAUGGCCAAAGUCGUGAUGGCGAUUUUCGGCCUCUCACACACCUACAACACGAAAGUUGGCAACGACUUCGUCCGCGGAGUCUCGGGCGGAGAGAGGAAGCGCGUGAGUAUUGCAGAGAUGGCUUUGGCAGGCUCGCCGAUUGCGUCGUGGGACAACGCGACUCGUGGGCUGGAUGCGGCGACGGCACUGGAGUUCACGAGGUCGCUUCGCAUGUCUGCUAAUCUGAGUGGGGCCUGCCAUCUCGUUGCUAUCUACCAGGCUUCGCAAGCCAUCUAUGAUGAGUUUGAUAAGGCGGUUGUGCUGUAUGAGGGGCGACAGAUAUAUUAUGGUGCUUGCGAGGAGGCGAAGCAGUACUUCGUUGAUAUGGGGUGGGAGUGUCCGCCUCGACAGACGACGGGGGAUUUCUUGACUUCGGUGACGAAUCCCUCUGAGCGGACGGCGAGGAAGGGGUUUGAGAACAAAGUACCUCGCACGCCUGAUGAGUUUGAGAGGUAUUGGAAGGAGUCGAGGCAGUGUAAGGAUUUGAAGAGGGAGACUGAGGAUCAUGAGGAGGAGUUCCCGAUGGGUGGGGUGACGCUGGAGCAGUUUAAUGCAAGCCGAAAGGGAAUGCAAGCAAACCAUGUGCGCCCGGAAUCACCUUACACGGUCAGCAUUCCCAUGCAAGUCAAAUACUGUACGCAACGAGCCUAUCAACGUCUCUGGAACGACAAAACUUCAACUGUCACUACUAUCAUCGGACAAAUCGUCAUGGCCUUGAUUAUUGGUUCGAUUUUCUACGGCACGAGAAGCGAUACGGCCAGUUUCUUCCAGAAAGGAGGUGUGCUGUUCUUUGCUGUCUUGCUCAAUGCAUUGAUCGCCAUCUCGGAAAUCAAUACACUGUACAGCCAACGUCCGAUCGUGGAGAAGCAGGCAUCGUAUGCUUUCUACCAUCCAUUUACUGAAGCUCUGGCUGGUAUUGUUGCGGAUAUUCCGGUCAAGUUUAUGAUUGCUACGUGCUUUAACAUUAUUCUGUAUUUCUUGGCGGGGUUGAGGAGGGAGCCAUCUCAAUUCUUCAUCUUCUUCAUGUUUAACUUUGUAGCGAUUUUGACGAUGUCCCAAAUCUAUCGCUCCAUCGCUGCAUCCACCAAGACUGUUUCUCAAGCCUUGGCCAUCGCAGGAGUCACUACUCUAGCCAUUGUCAUCUACACCGGCUUCGUCAUCCCACGUCCUCUAAUGCACCCAUGGUUCAAAUGGCUCUCCUGGAUAAACCCAGUUGCCUACGCCUUCGAAGGACUCUUCGUCAACGAACUCCACGGCCAAAGAUUCACCUGCUCGCAACUCGUGCCAUCCGGUCCCGGAUACGCCCUGACAGGCGACCAAUUCAUCUGCGCCACCGCAGGAGCCGUUGCAGGACAGACCACCGUUCUAGGCGACGACUACCUCGAUGCUCAAUUCCAGUAUUCAUAUUCGCACAUCUGGCGUAACCUAGGCUUCAUGUUCGCCUUCAUGAUUUUCUUCCUGGUGGUCUACCUCGUCGCCACAGAAAUAAACUCCUCCACCGACAGCAAAGCGGAAGUUCUCGUCUUCCGCCGGGGCCACGUCCCAAAGCACCUCGAGGUCGCGGAGAAAGCAGCAGCCAAGCACGACGAGGAGGCUCCCAUGCCAGCUGCUGGACCUGGCGCGCAGGGGAAAGACGAGGAGUCGCAGCAGAAGGAGGCGGAUGAGGAGGUUGCUGCGCUGCCGCCUCAGACGGAUGUGUUUACUUGGAGGGAUGUCUGUUAUGAUAUCAAGAUCAAGGGGGAGCCGAGGAGGUUGCUGGAUAAUGUCUCCGGGUGGGUGAAGCCGGGUACGCUGACGGCUCUUAUGGGCGUUUCGGGUGCGGGGAAGACUACGCUGCUGGAUGUUCUCGCCCAGAGAGUUUCGAUGGGGGUUGUUACUGGUGAUAUGCUCGUUUCGGGUAGACCUCUUGAUGAGUCGUUCCAGCGCAAGACGGGAUAUGUUCAGCAACAGGAUCUCCACUUGGAAACCACAACAGUUCGUGAAGCUCUUCGCUUCUCGGCUAUGCUCCGUCAACCGAAGACUGUGUCCAAGGCAGAGAAAUAUGAGUUCGUCGAAGACGUCAUCAAGAUGCUCAACAUGCAAGAAUUCGCUGAAGCUGUCGUCGGUGUGCCAGGCGAAGGUCUGAAUGUCGAGCAACGCAAACUCCUCACUAUCGGUGUUGAGCUAGCCGCGAAACCAGCUCUGCUCUUGUUCUUGGAUGAACCUACCUCAGGACUUGACUCGCAGUCUUCAUGGGCGAUUGUUGCUUUCUUGAGGAAGCUCGCGGACAACGGUCAGGCUGUUCUAGCUACCAUCCAUCAACCUAGUGCGAUUCUGUUCCAGGAGUUCGAUAGGUUGCUGUUCUUGGCGAAGGGUGGGAGGACUGUUUAUUUUGGAGAUAUUGGACAUAACUCCGAGACGCUGCUGAACUAUUUUGAAUCUCAUGGAGCUGAUAAGUGUGGCGAGGACGACAAUCCUGCUGAGUAUAUGUUGACAAUGGUCGGCGCGGGCGCCACCGGGAAAUCCACCAAAGACUGGCACGAAGUCUGGAAAUCCAGCUCCGAAGCCCAAGCCAUCCAAACAGAGCUCACCCGCAUCAAGAACGAGAUGGGCUCCCAACGCACCAGCUCCUCCUCCUCCUCCGACGACGACGACACAACCUCGCACAGCGAAUUCGCCAUGCCGUUCCCAAACCAGCUGUACGAAGUCACCGUCCGAGUCUUCCAGCAGUACUGGCGCACCCCCGAGUACAUCUACGCCAAGAUCCUGCUCGGCGUGGCCUCCGCGCUGUUCAUCGGCUUCUCCUUCUUCCAUAUCGAUCGGAGCCAGCAGGGAUUACAGAACGCCAUCUUCUCGAUCUUCAUGAUUACUACUAUCUUCACUACUUUAGUCCAGCAGAUCAUGCCUCGGUUCAUCCUGCAGCGGGAUCUGUAUGAAGUUCGCGAGAGGCCGUCGAAGGCAUAUAGCUGGAAAGCGUUCCUCAUCGCGAACAUAAUUGUUGAGAUUCCGUACCAGAUCUUGCUUGGGAUAUUGGUUUUCGCGUCGUACUUCUACCCGAUCUAUACGCGUGGUGGGAUUCCCGAUUCGGAGCGUCAGGGUCUGAUCUUGUUGCUGCUGGUGCAGUUUUUUGUGUUUGCGAGCACGUUUGCGCAUAUGAUGAUUGCGGCGCUGCCUGAUGCUGAGACGGCGGGGAAUAUCGCGACGUUGAUGUUCUCGAUGUGUUUGACAUUCAACGGUGUUUUCCAGCCGCCGUUUGCAUUACCCGGAUUCUGGAUCUUCAUGUAUAGGGUUUCGCCUCUGACUUGUAAGUUCUUCUUCUCCCCUUCGUCUUCUUCUUCUUCUUCUUUUUCUUCUCGCUAUGCUAUCAUAUCAUACCAUAUCAUAUCAUGUCAUCUACAAGGAAAGGAAAGGCUAACGACUAGGUAUCAAAGACCUCGUCUCAGCCAUCGCCUCAACCGGCCUCUCGGGCCGCCCCGUCCGUUGCUCCUCCACCGAAGUCGCCACAAUGCAACCGCCCCCCUCUCUAACCUGCGGCGCCUACCUCAGCGCCUACGCAUCCGCGUCAGGCGGCGAGAUCUACAACCCGUCCGCGACGUCCGACUGCGAGUUCUGCUCGGCGAAGGUGGCGGAUCAGUUCUUGAUGUCGGUGGCGAUCAGCUAUACGACGCGCUGGAGGGAUUAUGGGAUUGGGUGGGCGUUUGUGGUUUUUAAUGUUGGGGCGGCGGUGGGGUUGUAUUAUUUUUUUAGGGUGAGGAAGGG